UACAGCAGAUCCGUGUUUCGCGCAAGUGUGUCAAGCUUCAGUGUGGUGUGCUGCGGGCUGUGCCGGGUGCGCAUAGACCGUGCGCUCCUAGCGGCAGCGCUGUUGAAACCAAAAAAAAAGAAGCAGAGCGAGAGAGAGAGAGGAGGAGGAUGUUGAACUGACUUGUAGUAUGACUGUACAUUUACAGCGCUUUAUACCAGCCAAAGCACAUGGGUCUUUUGGGAGCUGGUUCCCGUUGUAAUAAAACAACUUUUUGGGAAUGCGCGAGAGUUGAGCGUGAACCGAGCCAUGUGUUGAAGUGUGGAAAGCCCGCUGAAGAUUUGAGAGGUGCCACAGACGCGUCCUGAGGAGCCGAGGAGCUGCGGAGAAGUGCGCAGCCUGCGUUUGUUUUUGCACUCUGGACUUUAAUUCUGUGCCUGUUUCUUCAGGCUCUCGGGGCUCCAGCCCGUCGUAGCAGGUCAUCUCGGAGAAAUAGCACAAAUUUCGGAUGAACUCGCGGGGCAGGCGGUGAUAAUCAUCAAAGACCGAGAGUUUGGUGGAUAUGAACACCCCGAGUAGCUCCGGGUGACCUACUCUGAAAUGGAUCCUCUCAAUUUGUGGACAUUUAAACUGGCUUUUGUCCGUAACUAGGACCUGUCCAGAACUCCCAGAAACACGGAGCACACUUGCCUGUCAUUUCGGACAUAUAUUUCUGCAGUGAAAUCGAGGAUUUGCGCGCCCGCAGUGGAUGUUUAAUAUGCUAGUAUGGGUCCGCUAGCGUUCAUCCUUGUUGGUGGAUUACUGUAUUUUCAAGUUGAUGGAUCCCGUCUGCGCCAGGAGGACUCCCCACCCCGGAUUGUGGAGCACCCCUCUGACCUGAUUGUCUCCAAAGGGGAGCCCGCCACUCUCAACUGUAAAGCGGAGGGGCGGCCGACCCCGACAGUGGAGUGGUACAAGGAUGGAGAGCGGGUGGAAACGGACAAAGAUGACCCACGUUCUCACCGCAUGCUGCUGCCCAGCGGCUCGCUUUUCUUCCUUCGCAUCGUUCACGGACGACGGAGCAAACCGGAUGAGGGAGCCUACGUCUGCGUGGCCCGGAACUACCUGGGAGAAGCUGUGAGCCGCAACGCAUCUUUGGAAGUAGCAUUGCUGCGAGAUGACUUCAGACAAAACCCCACAGAUGUGGUGGUGGCAGCAGGAGAGCCGGCAAUCCUUGAGUGCGUUCCUCCCAGAGGCCAUCCCGAACCCACCAUCUACUGGAAGAAAGACAAAGUGCGAAUUGACGACAAGGAUGACAGGAUCACAAUCCGAGGGGGGAAGCUGAUGAUCUCCAACACGAGAAAGAGUGACGCUGGCAUGUACAUCUGUGUGGGAACCAACAUGGUCGGAGAGAGGGACAGCGAGACAGCACAAGUCACCGUGUUUGAGCGGCCAACCUUCCUCCGGAGGCCCAUCAACCAGGUGGUCCUGGAAGAGGAGACGGUAGAGUUUCGCUGCCAGGUACACGGAGACCCUCAGCCAAAUGUACGCUGGAGGAAAGAUGACAUUGAUGUCCCUCGUGGGAGGUAUGAGAUCAAGUAUGACAAGGACGACUAUGUGCUGAGAGUGAAGAAGGCUUCGGUCAACGACGAGGGCACGUUCACAUGUGUGGCAGAAAACCGUGUAGGCAAACUGGAGGCCUCCGCCACUCUCACAGUCAGAGCUGCGCCCCAGUUUGUCAUCCGCCCAAGGGACCAAAUUGUGGCUCAAGGCCGCACUGCCACCUUCCCGUGUGAAACCAAAGGAAACCCUCAGCCUGCUGUCUUCUGGCAGAAGGAGGGAAGUCAGAAUUUGCUCUUUCCCAACCAACCCCAGCAGCCCAAUAGUCGCUUCUCGGUGUCACCCAGCGGAGACCUCACCAUUUCAUCUGUGCAGCGGGCAGACGCUGGUUACUAUAUCUGCCAGGCUCUGACCGUUGCAGGCAGUAUCCUCGCCAAGGCUCAACUGGAGGUCACAGAUGUGCUCACAGACAGGCCGCCACCCAUCAUUCGCCAAGGCCCGUCCAAUCAGACGCUCGGGGUGGACAGUGUGGCGAUGUUGAAGUGCCAGGCAUCGGGAGACCCCAUCCCCUCCAUCAGCUGGCUGAAGGAUGGGGUCAGUCUGCUGGGAAAGGACCCCCGCAUGUCGCUGCAGGAGCUGGGCAGCCUGCAGAUCAAAAACGUCAAGCUUUCAGACUCCGGGAUCUACACGUGUGUGGCUACCAGCUCCAGUGGUGAAACAUCAUGGAGUGCUUUCUUGGAAGUCAAAGAAGCAGGUGGAGUGAUAGUCAUGAAAACCCAUGAUGAGAACGAGCUCCCAGGCCCACCAUCCAAACCUCAGGUCACUGAUGUCACCAAGAACAGUGUGUCUUUGUCCUGGCAGCCCGGGAUGGCUGGAGCGUCACCCGUCUCCUCUUUUGUCAUCGAGGCGUUCAGUCAAUCUGUGAGCAACAGCUGGCAAACGGUAGCAGAUCAUAUCAAAACUACACAGUUUACCGUCAAAGGUCUCCGUCCCAACACCAUCUACCUGUUCAUGGUCCGAGCAGUCAACAGCCAGGGCCUGAGUGAUCCGAGCCCCAUGUCUGAUCCUGUCAGAACACAAGAUAUAAGUCCUCCAGCUCAGGGUGUCGACCACAGGCAUGUGCAGAAGGAACUUGGUGAGGUCAUAGUUCGGUUGCACAACCCAGUUGUCCUGAGUCCCACGACCAUUCAGGUGACAUGGACGGUGGAUCGUCAGUCCCAAUUCAUCCAGGGUUACCGAGUUCUGUACAGGCAGACGUCAGGUCUGCCUUCACCAGGACCUUGGCAGACCCAAGAUGUGAAGAUCCCUUCUGAGCGCACUGUCAUCCUCUCUGCACUUAAAAAGGGCAUUGUGUAUGAGAUCAAGGUCCGUCCCUAUUUCAACGAGUUUCAAGGCAUGGACAGUGAAUCCCGAACGGCCCGGACGACUGAGGAAGCUCCCAGUGCACCUCCGCAGCAGGUAACAGUCCUGACUGUGGGAAACCAGAACAGCACAUCCAUUAGCAUCUCCUGGGACCCCCCUCCACCAGACCACCAGAACGGCAUCAUCCAGGAGUACAAGAUCUGGUGUCUUGGGAAUGAGACACGUUUCCACGUAAAUAAGACUGUGGAUGCAGCCAUACGCUCUGUGGUGGUCGGUGGGCUGCAGGUGGGAGUGGUGUACCGGGUGGAAGUGGCUGCCAGCACAAGCGCGGGGGUUGGAGUCAAGAGUGAACCUCAGUCUAUUAUCAUUGGUAAGGAGUUUCGGGACGUGAUUAUCCAUGGAAACCGGAACAACAGCAUCACAGAACAGAUCACUGAUGUGGUGAAACAGCCUGCCUUUAUUGCUGGUAUUGGAGGAGCCUGCUGGGUCAUCCUCAUGGGAUUUAGCAUCUGGCUCUACUGGAGGAGAAAGAAGAGAAAGGGCCUGAGCAACUACGCAGUUCAGUCCUUCACCUUCACCCCUGCAGUGACAUUCCAGAGAGUCGAUGGUGGUCUGAUGAGCAACGGAAGCCGGCCAGGCCUGCUCAAUGCUAGUGACCCAGGUUACCCCUGGUUAGCGGACUCUUGGCCAGCCACCAGCCUGCCUGUCAACAGCAGCUCCGGGGGACCCAAUGACCUGAGUAACUUUGGCCGAGGAGAUCUCCCCACUGGGCAAGGAGAUAAGACGGGCACCAUGCUCUCUGAUGGAGCCAUCUAUAGCAGCAUAGACUUCACCACCAAAGCCAACUACAACAGCCCUGGCCAGACAUCCCAGGCCACUCCCUAUGCCACCACCCAGAUCCUCCACUCCAGUAGCAUCCACGAGCUGGCGGUGGAUUUGCCUGAGGCCCAGUGGAAGGCCUCAUUACAGGCCAAGCAGGAGAUGGCCAACCUGGGGUACUCCCUGCCCGACAAGAACUCCUGCAACAACACCCUCCUUUUCAUUCCUGACUACCGAUUGGCCGAUGGAUUGUCUAAUAGAAUACCACACAACCAAUCACAAGAUUUCAGCACCACCAGCUCUCACAACAGCUCAGAGCGAAGCGGCAGUCUCUCAGGUGGUAAGGGAGGAAAGAAGAAGAAGACCAAGGCUGGAUCCAAACCCAGUAAAGUCAAUGGGUCCAACUGGGCCAACGUUCCCUUGCCCCCUCCCCCUGUUCACCCUCUCCCCGGCACUGAGAUGGACCAUUAUCCCAACGAGCAUCAUGAUGGAGGAGGGUAUGAGAGUGAUGGUUGGGGUCCGCCCAUGCCUGUGCAGACCUACCUUCACCAGGGCAUGGAGGAUGAGCUGGAGGAAGAAGAGGAGAGGGUUCCAACCCCGCCCAUCCGAGGGGUUGCCUCUUCCCCAGCUGCCGUGUCCUUCGGACAGCAGUCCACAGCCACCCUUACCCCUUCUCCCCGGGACGAGAUGCAACCCAUGCUUCAGGCCCAUUUGGAUGAGCUGACCAGAGCAUACCAAAUGGACAUGGCAAAACAAACAUGGCACAUGCAGGUAGGCUCACUUCCUCCCCAGGCUCCAGCUCCUCCAGUGGGCUACGUGUCGAGCACAAUGGUUUCUGACCUGGAGACGGACCUGCCUGAUGAGGACGAGGAGGAGGAGGAAGAGGAGGAGGAUGAAGGCUAUGGAGCCAGGCAUCCCCGCGGUAUCGAGCACACACCAGGGUCUAGCAUGGACAACCUGGACAGCUCUUUAACAGGGUCCAUGGUGAAUGGGUGGGGCUCGGCCUCGGAGGAUGACCGUAAUUUCUCCAGCCAUAGGUCCAGUUUGGGCAGUUCGUCCGAUGGCUCCAUCUUUACACACUGCAGCUUUGCCCAGGCCCUGGUGGCCGCUGCAGACAAGGCAGGCUAUCGCCUGGAGGGCACUAGCCUCAGCAAGAGAGGUAAAGGCUUGUCCCACAGGCCCCGGCCCAGCAGUCCAUUCUCAACAGAUGGCAGCACAGUCGGCACACACAGCUUGGGCCACCAGAGGGCCACUAGGCCCACACGCAAACCCCGAAGCCAGGGCACAGCACCCCACCGGAGAGACGCUGGUGCAGACGACCUACCUCCUCCCCCUGAGCCUCCUCCCAGUCAGGGGCCGGGUCGUAUCCAGGGGGCCCGCAGCAUAAGCAGCAUGGUACCACCUACAGAUAGAAAGGCUUCAUCUCUGGAGCGCCCGCCGCUGUCUGGACCGGAUGACAUGAAGAGCUCCAUCGACAGACAGACACGCACUUCUCUGGAACAUCAUCGCCAGGCUCAAGACAGGCUGGGCUCCAUGGACCGAGCUGAUGAUGGGCGCAGGGGACACAAAACAGAGGAGGGCUGCCUGCCAUACAAUAAACCAUCCUUCCCCUCCCCUGGUGGCCACAGUUCCUCUGGCACGGCCUCCUCCAAGGGCUCGACAGGGCCACGCAAGGCCGAGGGUCCACGACAGCCACAUCAGUGGACCGCCACAGAGCACGCCGAAUUCCUGGGGACCAACGGACAGGGGCAGUACUCGGGAGAGUUAUAGUGAUCUGCCUCGGAUGUGAACUGGAGUAAACCCGGUCUUGUCCUGGAAAAAGAAUGACGCCCUCCCAGUCGGGGCAACGAACUUUGUCCUUUUCUGUGUGUUCUCAGAGGGAAGGAGUGCAACAGAGAAAAGCCGUGUCACAGAACUGUAAAUGUGAUGUAUAGACACAGACAUACUGUACAUCUCACUAUGUUUUUGUCCUCAAGAAAAUAUUUUCCACCUCCUACCUUACUGUAAUUUUCUUUUUGUUAGAAAAAGGCAAGUAACAAAAAAAAAAAUGAAAACAUCUAUAUAAGAGAACAAAUUUUCUGGUAACUGUCUCUGGGGGGAAAAAAGGGAAUUUUGUUUCCUGUAAAUAUUUUCUUUAACUUGUUGUUGCAUUGCUAUGCAAGCCUAAUUCAGUUUGAGCUUUUUAUUUCCAUAUACAGAAACAGUUGGUUUCAUCUGGUUAUUUGUAUUAUAUGUGAAUUGAGUGGCUGUUGUGCCAUAAAAUAAUUGUUUUAUAAUCCAUUGUUUGUUAAUAGUUACCAUUAAUUAUUAUCAUUAUUAUUAAUUAUUGUUUUUGCACUGCAAUUUUUGGUGAUAAGCACAAAAAACAUAGCUCCUGCUGACAUGAAGAACCGGAAGAAUAUGUGAAGAGGAGUUUCUGUACUGUAAAGUAAAGAGAAGAAAAAUUAUAUACUAAUGUACAGAGAGAUAUUAAAGAGUUAGGCUUUGCUCACAUAUAAGGCACCGUAGUUUCCAUAGUUGAGACUAAUUGGGUGGCAAACACACAAAGUUUCCGAGGGUCUGAAGGGAGGAAUUGAGGCUGGGAGAAUUGUACACAGAGGAUACUGUAUUACUGUAGGUAGUUGAUUAUUUAAUUCCUAAUUAACUGUCCCAAAACAAUAGUUUGAUAUCAGAAACAUUUAGUGCUCAAUGUUUUUGGCAACUCCAGGCGUCAUCUUGUUUUUUCACAGACAGACUGAGGGAGUUUUUUUUUCUUUCUUUCUUUUUUUAUAAAUGGUUCUCCACAUUUCAAGUUUUAUUUUCAAGAUUUACUGCCUAAAUAAUUUGACUUCACUGAGUUUACGCUCCUUAUUCAGUAUAAUAGCACACUAACCGUAAAGCAGUCAAAAGGGAGGUGGAGGUGGGGAGUCUGAUGGGUUCAGUCAAAGCACUUAGAGAGGCAGAUUUAUGAUUCUUCUGUUGCCUUAAUCGGUAAACAGACAUCGCAGACAAAGGAGUAUUUCUUGCGAUUAUUUGCAACAAUACUCCCAAACCUACCUUAAAUAUCCUGGAGCGCGUUUACAUCCUUUAUGUUUUAUGUCUUUAGUUCCAUUCAUUUUAACAUUCUUUGCCUUUUGGAGCACUUACUGUUUUAUGUUUGUUGUAUUACCUGUGGUACAGUAUCAUCCAAGAACACACUGACCCGCUUAAAUUUGCUCUAAAGGUUGGUGCCUCACUUAACCAAUACACGUCGAUCAGCACAGUCUUGUGUCGAUAACUUUGAGGAGAGGGGGAAAAAAUACAAAUAAAACAGUGUGUGUACGAUUUACAAUGUAGCUCUGAGUCACUGUUUGGGAGUGAUGACGGAGAGAAAAGCCUUGUAUAUUAACGAGCAGGUCCCACUGCCUCCAUGUCUACAGCCACAGUGUGGAGCAGAACACUUUCUAUCUGCCUGACCGCCACAAAACACACACACACACACUUAUCAUCCGCAGCUUUCGACUUCUCAGCCUCUGAAUCUCGAGUUUUGUCUUUUCAGACAAUGUUUUUAUUGGUUGUCCUUUUUUAAUGAAAUGCUUGUUUCUUUGUAUGCCUUUUAUGGACUCCAAAACGCUGCUUACAAACAAUGUUUUCAAUAUUAAUGUUCAGGAUUUUUGUGGUUCAAUGACUGUUUGUUUUGUCUUUUUUUGUACUGCUAAUGUUGAUUAAAAAAAACGGGGGGGUGGAAACUAAAAAGGCCGUCAGAUGCUGUUGUACUGUUGUCGUCAUGCCAUCGUCAUUUUAUAUCAUCCGCCCAGUGGCCAGUGUUCUGGAAAUGAGGUGCAAAGAGUAUCUCAGGUUAUUUUACAUUCUGGUGGUGUUUAUGUAUGUGUAUAUAUGUGUAUAUAUCCAUACGCAUCUCCACUUGAUUAUGCCAUUCCAUUUUCAUUGACAAAAAUAUCCCUCUCAUGUCCGAUUCUGUCGUCCCCUCUUUUUUCUUUUCUGCUGUGGAGUUUUGAUUCUGAGUAUAAUGUGCUGGUUCAUCCACCUUUUAAGACAAGAUGUCAGUAAAAGAACAUACCAAAUUAAGAUUGAUAUUUCUAAUGUCUAAUGCGUUUUAGUGUCUCUUUAAUACUCAUUGUUUUCUUUUAAAUCACAGUGUCGUUUUGUAUUUAUUAAAAUGAUAAUAAAAGUAUAUUGUGAAAUAUGCAUAAAGAUUCGUGGAAUAUAAAACGUGUUUUUUUUUUUUGUUUUGUUUUUGUUUUUUUAAUUAUCGUUCCUUGUAAAGUUUGCUGUCAGAGCCGAGCAGCGAGGCCACAAGAAGAUGAUA